UGUUAAAUUCCCCGCUAUAAUAAUUUCACACUGCAUAAGAAUUAAGAUUUGGCCAACUCAAAUUCUAUACGGGCUUCGCUCUGUGCACAGUGCACACUGAGUUGCUGCGUACCAGACAAUUUUUAUUCAUAGUAGCUAAGGUGUUCGAUAAAAUGUCUGACACAAGAAUUAUUGUGAUUAAGCUUGAUCCUUCUUCUCAAUUUUCUGUUCUGAAACAGUAAAUCAAAUAAGAGUCUCUCCGGUGACCAUGAUCCCGAGCAACAACACACGAAGUUAUGUAGUAUGUACAUGCCUCUCCGGAUUCUCAAUUGCCCAGUAAUUGGAAUAUACUUUGGUUUUGAAAUUUCUGCAUAGUGAAAAUCUUCUUGAUCAUUUUAGCAGUAGCUGUUAUUAUGGGUAGUGGUAAUGGUAGAGUUGAUGUUGUGAGUGGCAAGGGAUGCUCAAGGCUGUUUUCAUCUUCGUUCAGAGCUUUGCAGCCAUUGGAGCCAAUGUCUUCUGUUUCGUCCUCCCCACAUAUUCGAUCAAAUGCUCCUUUUGCUGGUCUUGUUAUAUGCGUUACUGGGCUAUCCAAAGAAGCAAGGAAUCAAGUCAUGGAGGCAACAGAAAGAUUAGGUGGCCAGUAUAGCCCCAAUUUGCAUCCACAGUGUACCCAUUUGGUGGUUCAGAGCUUUGGAGGACGCAAGUUUGAGCAUGCGCUGAAGCAUGGAGCAAAAAACGGUCUCUUUGCUGUCACACUGGGUUGGUUCGUGGACAGUGUCAGGAAAAAUGUGAGGUUGAGUGAGUCCCAUUACAGUCUGAAGAGUAAUGUGGACAAUAACACACGCUUGGAUGACUUUAAACUGCUUCCUGGGUAUACCGGUGCCGAAAAUUCUUGUCUUCCAGCAAGUCUACGUGAGACCAAGAACGUUGAUAAUGUUGAAGAAUUUCAAAGAUCUUCUGGUAGAAAAUCUAAUAGAAGUGUGGACUUCACUUUAUCUGGUUACUCCAUCUAUAUUGAUCCUGGAAUUUCAUGUGAAUUGAGGAACAAGGUUGUUGAUACUGCCACAAGAGAAGGUGCUAGUCUGGCGGAACGAUGGUUUGUUGGCUGCAAUGUUAGUCAUGUAGUGACUGAAGGGACAUUUGUACAAAGAUAUCUUGGAUAUUCAAGUAACCUCAUCACACCACUGUGGAUUCUCAAAACAGCCAAGGAGAAAUAUGCACAAAGGCUUGUUCAUAUGUCUGCUGAUUUGGCAAAGCAAGUUGGGUUGAUGCUUGAAGACAUUCAUAAUGGCAUUUUAAGGGAGGAAAUAAAGAAGCAAAAAGACAAUGAAGUUCAUCAGGGCAGUGAAAGUGAAUAUAGUUACCACGAGAGGCAACAAAUAGUGAAUGCUGCAAAAAUUGGUGUAAGAAGUCGCCGUGGUAGGCAAAUGCAGACUUGUCAGACUCCAAUUCGUCCUAUAACUCCUAACAACCUUCUAGACUCUAUCUGCUGGUCUAUAUCCGAGCCAACUUCAGCUGCUUCCAUCUAUACAGAUUCUUUCAGUGUUGAAGAUCAUACUGAAAAUCAUAAUACUUCAAUAUUUCUUGGUGCAAAAGGGGAUGGCAAGGACUCAGAAGCUUCAUUUUCAAACUCCACUCGUCAUCUGACCGAAAGCGAGAAAUCAGAGUUGAUAUUUAAAAACCAUUUUCUCACCAUACUGUUCCCAAUCGACCGAUUUGCCGAGAUGGGUCCUUCUUCACAAACAUACUUCAGCCAUAAUGGUUUUACAUGUCUUCAGGUGUUGGAUCAUAUCCAUGCAUUUUAUCAGGAGAAUAUGUCAAACCAAGAAAUAGAAGCUGCAAUUCAUACCGAUUCAAGACAUGCUGAUAGGCUUAGAUCAGUGUACCGCAGUAAAGAAACUGCAGAGCGUGGCUUUGUGUUGUUCAAACGCAUUGAAUUUUUAGGAAGUCGCACUAGUUUUGAAAUGUUGAAGCGUGUAACUGGGGACAACAACUCCAAUGUGUAUGAGCUAUUACUUAGGGCUUAAGGUAUAUGAACCAAGUUAGAAUGGCCAGUUCAGGUAGCAUGCAAAGUUUUUUUUUUUUUUUUUUCAUGUAUAAUUAGUCU